AUGAGCUCCUUCGGCUACGAGCCCUACUACACCACGGCGUACAAGCGGCGCUACGCCAGCACUGCCGAGAGCCCGCGGGUGCACAUCUCUUCGGUGCGCAGCGGCUACAGCAGUACAGCGCGCUCGGCCUACUCCAGCUACUCAGCGCCCGCCUCCUCGGCCGCGCUGUCGGUGCGCCGCAGCUACUCGUCCAGCUCCGCGUCGCUGCUGCCCAGCUUGGAGAGCCUGGACCUGAGCCAAGUGGCGGCCAUCAGCAACGACCUCAAGUCCAUCCGCACGCAGGAGAAGGCGCAGCUGCAGGACCUCAAUGACCGCUUCGCCAGCUUCAUUGAGCGCGUCCAUGAGCUAGAGCAGCAGAACAAGGUGCUGGAGGCUGAGCUGCUGGUGCUGCGGCAGAAACAUGCCGAGCCGUCGCGCUUCCGCGCUCUCUAUGAGCAAGAGAUCCGCGAUCUGCGGCUCGCCGUCGAGGAUGCCAGCGCCGAGAAGCAGGCGCUGCAGGGCGAGCGAGACGGCCUGGAGGAGACUCUGCGAGCGCUACAGGCGCGCUACGAGGAGGAGGUGCUGAGCCGCGAGGACGCCGAGGGACGCCUGAUGGAGGCGCGCAAGGGCGCAGACGAGGCAGCUCUGGCCCGCGCCGAGCUCGAGAAGCGCAUAGACAGCCUGCUCGACGAGAUCGCCUUCCUCAAGAAAGUGCACGAGGAGGAGAUCGCAGAGUUGCAGGCACAGAUCCAGUACGCGCAGAUCUCCGUGGAGAUGGACGUGUCCGCCAAGCCCGACCUGUCCGCCGCGCUCAAGGACAUCCGCUCCCAGUACGAGAAGCUGGCGGCCAAGAACAUGCAGAACGCAGAGGAGUGGUUCAAGAGCCGCUUUACGGUGCUCACUGAAAGCGCCGCGAAGAACACCGACGCCGUGCGCGCCGCCAAGGAUGAAGUGUCUGAGAGCCGCCGCCUGCUCAAGGCCAAGACGCUGGAGAUCGAGGCGUGCCGCGGCAUGAAUGAGGCCCUGGAGAAGCAGCUGCAGGAGCUGGAGGACAAGCAGAACGCCGACAUCAGCGCCCUACAGGACACAAUUAACAAACUGGAAAAUGAAUUGAGAACCACCAAGAGCGAGAUGGCUCGAUAUUUGAAAGAAUAUCAAGAUUUGCUUAAUGUGAAGAUGGCUUUGGAUAUUGAAAUUGCAGCCUACAGGAAGUUAUUGGAAGGUGAAGAGACUCGCCUGAGUUUUACCAGCGUUGGAAGCCUGACCAGUGGCUACUCCCAGAGCUCCCAGGUCUUUGGCCGCUCUGCUUACAGUGGUCUCCAAACCAGCUCCUACUUGAUGUCUGCCCGUGCCUUCCCCUCUUACUACACCAGUCAUGUCCAAGAAGAACAGAUUGAGGUGGAAGAGACCAUUGAGGCGACCAAGGCAGAAGAAGCUAAAGAUGAACCCCCCUCUGAAGGAGAAGGAGAGGCAGAGGAAGAAGAGAAGGAGGAAGGAGAAGAAGAGGAAGGAGGUGAAGAAGAAGAAGGUGCCAAGGAGGAAUCUGAAGACAAGGAAGGUGAGGAGGAAGAAAGCGGUGAAGCUGGAGAGGAAGGUGAAGAAGCUGAAGAAGAGGAAGAGAAGAAAGAAGAUGCUGCUGGAGAAGAAGCUGUAGAGCAGAAGAAGAAAGAUUAAGUUCUCUUUUCCUUGAAUCUUUCAGGUUUCCCCCAAAUCAGGUCAACAAUCCCCCCCACCCCCCACUACUCAAUCUGUUGAGCUCUGAAUGCUGUACAGAA